UCCACCGCUAUCACUGCUCUUCUUCACCACCACACCGCCUAGUUUACCACCGCAUUCCACUACCGCCGCCACAGCACCUUUGACGGUGAAGUCUCUCAUUAGCCGGCACCCACUCGCCGUCGUCGUCCCUGACUCGACUGUAGAUGGUACAGGUGAAUGUAUUCCAGUUUCUGAAGCUGAGCUACCUCUUACCCUACCUGAGUUGGAUGAUUUUACUCCAACUGGGACUGGGGAGCCACCAUUGACGAAGGCCCUUUCUUGGUUGACCAAUCUCUGGGAAAUCAGCUCAGCGGGAGACAAACACUAUGCCUCAAUGGGCUGGUUCUUGCUGGAGAUUGCCGGCGGAAGGCUGACCACGGACGUCGGUAGUCCUAUACUGAAAUGUCAGACGCAACCAACGACCACAGUAAAAUCCCCCCACCGCCGCACUCCAAUUGAGGUCUUGGCACUAAAGCACCAUACAUCCAAGCUCUUGGAUUUUUCAGACCUCCGAUCAUUAACGACUUUCGGAUUUAGAGUGGAGGCACUGAGUUCACUUUGUUCAUUAGGGGAGUUGACUGUGGAGACACAGAUAAUUAUUGAUGACACUGUUGCAACGCACCUGACAUUUAAUCCUAUGGGUGUUAUGACAGCUGAGAGGAAAACUGCUCGUCAAGACAUGGUGGCAACAACAUUACUUGGCGUUAGUCAUAGCAUUUGUUGUAGUGGUUCUAAUUGGACUGCUGGCAUUUGGGGGGUGGUUUAUCUGGAGGAGGAACCAAAAACUGGGCCGAAGUCUCGUACAAGCCCGUUGAUUCAGUUGUAGCCGAGCAGGAACUCCAGACUUUGCAGAACUAGAGAAGUGAAUUUUUGGUUUGAUACUCAGCUUGUACCUCCGAUUCAUUUUGCUCCAUUAGCAACGAGAUUCAUUUUAAAGGCGAAAUUGUAGCUUAGAAAUUUAAGGUGGCAAAACCCAUGUAAUGAGCAUGCCAUUUUGUGGCCAUGUCUGUGUAUGGCAGAAUUUCAUUUCAGCAACCUCUGCCAUGAAAGUGAAUUCUUGCUUUCAUAAAUUUAGAAUGUUUAGUCACAUGAACAUUUUAUAUAGGAUCACAGCAUCAAUGAAUAAGUAAACAUUUCUUGUGUA